AUGGACGCCGUCGAAUGCUUGCUUUUUUCUUCUACUUUUGUCUUCUUUCUCUUCUCUUCUUCUUCUCUUCUUCUUCGUGCUCCUCGAGUUCGUCUGUACUCUUCUGGAGCCCUCAUUUUUGAGUCUCUGCUUGCUGACCAUGCAUGGCACCUCUAUAUCGAAUACUGUGAACUGUGGACUGCAUCUCAAAAAGAGAUAGAUAGAAUGCACUUGCUAAGGACAGGGACAGGGACAGGGCAUCAGAUACGAGCCCCAGGCGGUUCCGAGCGUGAGGUUACCAGCCCCAGUCCUCAACGGCUCUCUCGAUAUCUCUCUCAUACGGGAGGGGAGUACUUCAUCACUUCUGGCUAUAUCAAGUCUCAAUAA